UGCUGGUCUAUAUUAUUCUUAUAAAAUAAAACUUGUUGAAUAAAUUAUUAGUAAUAUUUCUUUUCAAAACCAAAAAAAAUUAAUUGAAUAAAGUGUGUUUUGAAAAAUUUAUUAAAAACUGUAUAAAAACAAACAAACGAUGAACAACAAAUCUAUCAAAACCAAGGAAAACAACGAGAAUUUGUGUCCAAAAACUAGAAAACGUUUACCCAGCAAUAAUUCAACACAAAAUUCAGCUUGGAAAUUAGCCAAACUAGAUACCACGUCGUCACCCUCAUCUCUAACUAACGAAUAUUUAGAAGAAAUGGGUAUUGGUAUGUUGGAUUCAGAAGAAAGUUCUUCAUCGGCAACAUCGGCCAUUGUUUUGGCAGCUGCUGACGAAAAUUCCAAUGAGGCAACACCCAAUCUGGAUGCACCAAAAUUUACACAUCAACAAAGACAAAUUUAUCGUAAUAUGGAUACAUCAAUUUUAGAUGCCACAACAGACAAUGCCAGUAAUCACAGUUUUUUAGAUCCAAACGAUACACAGGCUAACCAAUCUGUUCUAAACAACAACACGACCGUCGGACAACAGCAGCAGCAACUACAACAACACAGAUUAAAUAUGAGCAGCAAUUCAAAUUCAUCAUCAUCAUUUGACAUUUACACGGACGAACAAUUACAACAACAGGCAACGAUACAAAAAUUAAAAACAACAACAGCAAUGGACAAAUUUCAAUUGCCGCAAAAUACAGCAGCAGCAUCCACAUCAGGUUCACAACAAAGAAAGAUUGCCAUAUUGGGCAUUGGAGCAGGAAAUAAUCAUUCAAAUAGCCAUUCACCAUCGAGUGGUGGAAAAAAUACAAGAAGUCCUUUGGCAACAGUAGCUUGUCAUAGUUUUUUAAGGAAUGCUCACCAGCAAAUGAUAAUCCAGCAGCAAAAAAUUCAAACACACCAACAUACACUGCAGCAACACACAAUGCAGCAAAUGCAACAGAAAAUGUUGAUGCAACAGCAGCAGGUCACAUUUAACAAUACUUUACCACAAAGAUCUCAAUCUCCAUCAAUGUUACCAUCCACCAGUCAACAGGCAGCGAUGGUAAAAACUCAACAGCAAAUACAAAAGCAAAUUGCUCAGCAACAGCAGCUACAGCGUCUUGUUCCGAAUGAAAAUUUCUUCCUAUAUCGCCCGAAAAUGAUGCGCGAACGUAAUCCAGAUGGGAAAGACCAUUUCAACACUCUGUCGGAUGAAAUUAUUUUGCAAAUUUUCAAAUGGCUUCCUAAGAAAACACUUUUGCGAUGUGGCUAUGUGUGUCGUCGUUUCAAUAACUGCGCCAGUGAUGAGUCAUUGUGGACACGACUUGAUUUAGGUGGCCGUUCUAUAAAGCCGGGUGCAAUGGAAAAUGUUGUAAAACGUGGUGUUGUUAUUCUGCGUUUAGCCCAAGCUGAGCUUAGCCAUCCAGUAUAUGAACAACAAUUUCUAGAGGCAGAACCAAGCUUUGAAUCUAAAUUGCAAUAUUUAGAUUUAAGCAUGGUCUCGAUAACCAAACCCUCACUGAAGAUGCUAUUGUCACGUUGCCGCCAAUUGAAAAAACUAAGCCUUGAACACGUUGCUCUCAAUGAUGAAAUUUGCAAUGAAAUUGCUAAGAACACUGGUCUGGAAGCUCUAAAUUUGGCCAUGUGUUCCGGUUUAGAGGCCUGGAGUGUUAGAAAACUGAUGGAAACCCUUAUGCAGUUAAAUAGUUUAAAUAUUUCUUGGACUAAUCUAUCAGUGGAUGCAGUAACUUCAUUGGUAACCAAUGUAACGCCUAAUUUGAUGCGUCUAAAUGUGGCAGGCUGUCGUAAAACUAUGUUUGAUUCCCAUUUAGCCAGUUUAGCUAAACGUUGCCCGCAACUUUUGGAGCUAGACUUAUCCGAUUGUACUGGUCUAACUGGCAACGCUAUUGCUAUUAUAGCCAAAUUUAAAAUGCUCGAAUAUUUAUCAUUGUCCAGGUGUUAUUUAAUACCUGCUACCGCCUACAUAGAACUCCGCAAUAUGAAAACUUUAACGUAUUUAGAUAUUUUUGGCAUGCUUACCGAUUCAGCCUUAGAGAUGUUAGAACACACAUUUUCUAAAAUCGGUAUCAAUAAAUUUAUUCAUAGUUCUGUGGCUCGUCCUACGGUGGGCACUAGGCGCACUUCAAUUUGGGGCCUACGUACACGGGAUUAGUCUUAUAUAAAAUAGUUCGCUAGUUUCGCUUUCUUCCAUUCACCGCAUUACCCACAUCCCCACAUCUUGCUUUUUAAUUAUACAAAUGAAUGUUUUUUAUAUAUAUUGUAUUUAAUUUAAUUGUUAAAAUAUAGACUUUGUUCUUAUUUUAAUAUAUGGUUUCUUAUAAUUUUACUUUUAUCAAAAUUCUUUCAUUCAAAUCAUUAAAUUAUAAUGAUUUAGACAUUCAAUUUAUGUUUCAUUUUGUUGAGAUAUUUCAUCAGUGAAAUUUAGAUUUAAUUUUUAUUUUAAAAUUCUAAGAAAACAAAACCUAUUUUUCUAUAAUGAAAACAUUCGCUAUUUAAGGAAACUGCAGUUAUGGCAUAGUUUUAAAUAAAAUAAAAUAAUUUGGGAAUGAAAUCAAAUUUUAGUUAUUUAAGCAUUGUGUAUAUAAUAAAAAUAAAAACGACAAACAUGUUUUAAAAA